AUGGCGGAGCGGAGCAGCGCUGUGCCCUGCGCGCUCUGGAGCUGCAAGCGGAGCUGUGCAGGACGCACGUCCACCCUGCAGGGUCCCCCGCGGGACGUCCAGCUCCAGGCCAUCAUGCAGCAGCUCUUCACCGUCAUCCCGGCCCCGGCCGGCAGCGCAUGGCACCCGUCCCGCUGCAGGACUUGCGCGGUGGUGGGGAACUCGGGGCGACUGAAGGGGUCUGGCCACGGGCUGCGGAUCGAUGCCCAUGACUGGGUGCUGAGGAUGAACCGAGCAAAGAUCGCUGGCUUCGAGCUGGACGUUGGCAGGAGAACAACCCAUCACCUCAUGUACCCGGAGAGCGCAGUGAACCUCGGGCCGGGUGUCCACCUCGUCCUCGUCCCCUUCAAGCCCCUGGACCUGCAGUGGGUGACCAGCGCCUUCUCCACCGGAGAGCUCACGCACCCGAGCGCCCGUGGGCGACGGCUCUGGCUGGCCUCUGUGCAGGUCUCCGUCUUUGGCUUCGGAGCAGAUGCCGAAGGGAACUGGCACCACUACUGGGAGAAAAACCGCUGGUCCGGAGCCUUUCGCAGGACGAGGGUCCACGACGCUGACGCUGAAUUCGGCCUCAUCGAGAAACUGGCAGCUGAAGGCAGGAUUCUGUUCUAA